UCUUGAAACUAUGUUGAAAUAUGUAACUCCAGAAAAGAGUAUUUAUAUUGUUUGGCUUAGUGUAGCUUUGUCUCUUUGUUGGCCACUUCCUGCCAGUAGUACCAGAAAAAAAAUUAUGUGUAUAAAAAUUUUACAAAUUAGUGCCAUAAUUAGCGCUUUUAUGGUACUUUUACCUUUAAUUUACGCAAUUCACUUGAAUAUACACAAUUUAAUCAAUCUUUUUAAAUAUAUUUGUUUAUUGAUAUGUGUAUUUCAAAAUAUUAUACAAACUAUCAUAUGUUUUAUAAAAUAUGAUGUUUUACAACGUGUAGUCGAAGAAAUGAUGACAUGUGUUAAAGAAGAACAACUACAUAAAGUUUUAUGCAUGUAUGUCAAGAAAUGUAAUAUUUUCUACGGAGGAACUAUUAUAUUAACAUAUGGAGCUGCAACUGUUUUUGUACUAGGACCAACAUUCUUGCCAAUUUCUUUUCCAUGGGAAACAGAAUAUCCAUUUCAAAUUAAUGAUACCUCAAGAAAUAUUAUAUACGUCCAUCAAUUUUUCUUUACUUAUCAAUGUGCUGCACAUAUAUGCUUAAGCUUAUUUGGAGCACUUCUUCUUUGGUUUGCGGCUGCAAGAUUUGAAUGUUUAGUUGAAGAAUUACAGAAAAUUACAAAUAUUGAUAUGUUGAUCAUUUGUUUUAAAAAACUAUUACUUUUAAGAAGAUAUGCAGAGGAAGUGGUGAGCUGUAUUCGUUUUUUGGUAUUUUAUGCUAUAGCAGUAGGCACAUUUAUGCUGACUUUAUCUGGUAUUAUAAUGAUCAUAAAUUCGCCAACACUUGUAAAAAUUCAAUUCAUAAUUAUAUGUAUGUCUUCUCUCAUGGAAAUUUAUAUGUAUGCAUGGCCAGCUGAUCACAUACAAGAUACAAGUAUAAACAUUUUACGAAGUGCAUAUAACUCAAUAUGGUAUGAACAGAGCUUAGAUAUGCAAAAGGAUUUGCUGAUUAUAUUGAUGUAUCAAAGACCAGUAAUUCUUUCCAUUAAUGUUCUGUUACCAGAGCUUACUUUACGUUAUUAUUGUUCGGUAAGACAGUAUGUGGCAAAUGCUUUCUCUAUUUUCACAGCUCUGCGAGCCGUGGUAGAAGAUAAGUGA